AUGGCCGAUUCAACUACAGUCUCCGUUCCAUUACCUACGACCGAGAAUACCAAGGCUGAAGGUGCCACCGAGUCAACCACCGAAGCUUCUUCCAACUCUGCUUCCACACCAAGUGGUCAAUCCGCUGGUGCAUUAUCAGAGGAAGACUUCUUGGCUUCUUUCCCUCAAAUCAGCGAACCAAAUGGCCAAACAGGCUACACUUGCUCCCUCACUGAUGAUCAACAAAAAAAGUUGAAGGAUUUCCGCGAACUUUUGAAAGCCGCUGGUUACACCGAUAGACUCGACGAUGCUUCGUUGUUAAGAUUCUUGAGAGCAAGAAAGUUCGAUAUCCCCGCUGCCAAAUUGAUGUGGGAUAAUAACGAAAAAUGGAGAGAAACUUUCGGCGCAAACACUGUCUUGAAAGAUUUCCACUACGAUGAGAAGCCUCUUGUUGCCAAGUUAUACCCACAAUACUACCACAAAACUGACAAGGACGGACGUCCAGUCUACUUUGAAGAAUUGGGUAAGGUUGACUUGAAUGCCAUGCUUAAAUUGACCACCCAGGAAAGAAUGUUGAAGAACUUGGUUUGGGAAUACGAGCUGUUCACUCAUUACAGACUACCAGCAUGUUCCAGAAAACGUGGUGCCUUAGUGGAGACCUCUUGUACCAUUUUGGAUUUGAAGGGAAUCUCUAUAAGUGCCGUGUACAAUGUCAGUGGAUACGUCAGAGAAGCAUCCGCAAUUGGUCAAAACCACUACCCAGAGCGUAUGGGUAAAUUCUACUGUAUCAACGCUCCAUUUGGAUUCUCCACCGCAUUCAAGAUUUUCAAGCCCUUCUUAGAUCCAGUUACUGUAAGUAAGAUUCACAUUUUGGGUUCAUCAUAUAAAAAGGAAUUGUUAAAGCAAAUUCCUGCUGAAAACUUACCAACCAAGUUUGGUGGUACCAGUCAAGUCACCGAUGAUGAAUUAUAUUUGAACGAUGACGGUCCAUGGAGAGACCCUAAGUACAUUGGUCCAGAAGGUGAAGCACCAAGAGCAUUCUCACUGUGA